GUUUUUGCUCACAUUAAUAUAAUAUAGAAGUCAUUCACAUAGCUCAAUAUUUAGAUUUAUAGAUUUCUGAAUAGAUUCACAUUUUCAUUCUUUUUCCUCAUAAAUAUCGCAACAGUGUCUUCAUUUCCUAAGAACAUUCUUCAUUCUAUCGCCAAACUCCCUUUGCGACUGCGAUUGCCACUUGCUCCCAACAGAACAGCAUCACCACCACCACAAAUGACAUCUUACUUCUCACGACUAAGUCCAAUUCCAGGAUUUCCAGAAUAUACUGGACCUCAUAAAGUCGGAACCAUUGAUGUUGAGAUUCCUAUUUCAGAACUCGAUUCUCCAGCCCAGAUACCAAGCAAUGCAGGAAAUAUUCCAACAAUUCAAUAUCGAAUCUUUUACCCAUGCGAAACGGAAACAAAACAUAAGGCAAAGAGUGUAAAUUGGAUACCUACACCCCAAAGAGAUUAUAUAAGUGCAUAUUCGAGAUUUUUGGGUGCUGGCAGUACAUUGGCAGAGGUUAUCUCAUAUUUCCCAAGAUUACUUCAUUAUGUUACAAUUCCAGUUCGCAAGAAUGCGCCUCUUCUAGAACCCAAGACAAGUAAUGAUCGUUGGCCCGUUAUGAUAUUUUCGCACGGGUUGGGUGGUUCAAGAAAUGCGUAUUCGCACAUUGUAGGAUCAGUGGCGAGCCAUGGGAUGAUAGUCAUUGCACCGGAACAUCGUGAUGGUUCAACCCCUAUAUCCUACAUUCGAGAACCACCAUCCGAGUCCUCGACGGAAAAUGAAAAACAUUCCAAGAAACAAGCCAAGAAAACGAUCGACUAUGUCAAAUUAUCACAUACACCGAGUCCUGAAGUCGAGGAAGGAAGAAAUGAACAAUUGAAGAUUCGACUUUGGGAGAUGGGAUUGAUUCAUGACAGUCUAUUGAAAUUGGAUGAGGGAAAGAAAAUGACGAACCUCAAUACAUCUUCGACUUCGUUAUCUAUAUUCAAAGAUAAGAUGAAUGUUCAUGAACCUGGGAAGAUCACUUUCGCAGGUCAUUCUUUCGGUGCAGCAACAGUGGUUCAAUUCAUCAAAUCAGUCUUCUAUGCCCCUGAAGUUUCUUCCGCUCCGAAAUCGUAUAAACCUGUUUAUGAACCAUCUCCAAAUUCGCCCAUAUGUUCUCAAAUCACACCGAACAAUCCAGUCGUACUUUUAGAUUGUUGGUGUUUCCCACUUCGCUCACAAGCAACUCGCUGGUUAUGGGAUCAUCCUCUUCCAUCAUACGCUCCCUCUGGGCCUGGUGGUUCUGCAAUUCUCGCUGUCGAAUCCCAAGCCUUCUACAAAUGGACCGAACAUUUCAACGCUACUAAACGACUUCUUUCCGCCGACCCAUCCUCUCAUCAUCCAUCCAGUGAUGGAAAAUCAGAACCACACUUUUAUUAUCCUACUUCGAGUGCGCAUCUUAGUCAAUCAGAUUUUGGCGUUCUUUUUCCAUGGGUCACGAAAAAGGUUUUCGCGGCAGAGGAACCAGAGAGGAUCAUGAAAUUAAAUGUUAGAGCGAUUAUGCAACUACUUAGGGAAAGAGGUGUAGAAGUGGGAAAAACUUGUAAAGAAGAUCUGGAAUUGGAUAAAGGGGAAGUGGAUACAGACAACGAUUUGAAGAUCUUUGGAAAGGAUGGGGGAGUUAGAGGGUGGAAUUGGUUGAGUGUUUAUGAUAAUGCAGAGACAGGAAAGUUAGAUGAGGGAGAGGAAUCGGAAAUCACGGAUAAAAAGUUGGAUGGAAAACAAGUUGAGGUUGGAAAGGAAGAGGGAAGUGGUGAGAAAAAUAUUGAUGUGGAACCUGCGGAUGUGGUCAUGACAAAUGAAGUUGCCGCGGGCACGGAGUCAAAACUGUGAGAAGCAACUUCGGGAGAUUACCCAGUUAGUCUUGUGACACAUGAACUUCUGGUGGCUGGUUUUUGGAGAGAUAUUUUUGAGGGCGUUUAGAUUCCAUGAAGCCGUUUCUUUUGAUUUAUAUUACUUGGGUUGGACCACAAUUGAUUUCGGCGCUGGCGUUUGAGAGGGAGACAAACAAGGAUCUGCAAAGAUAGAGAUGAUAAAGGGGUAUGAAUAGAGAUCUUACUAUAAAUCAGAUAGAAUAGAACCAAAGAAUAGACUGCAUACAAUAGAUUACAUGAAUCAAAAUGUCAUGAAGACACUAUA